AUGGGUGUCUCCGACAUCGUUACUUCGGCCUACCAGUCUGUGAGGGACCUGUUCACAGGAAAAGCAUAUAAAUACAAUGCCAUCCCCGCCCAUGAGGGCGAGACGGACGAGACGGACGAGCAUCGCGACACCCCCUUGCCAGACUCGAAACGCCGCAUCCUCCUUCUCACGAUCGCCGCCAUGGUCUUUGCUAUUCUCUUUUCCUUAGCUCUAGGCUUUAGUUUCGUCAGCGGCCAGACACCGCGCAACGGACUUGAGUCCAUCUCGCAGUUCUGGGGCCAGUAUUCUCCCUUCUUCUCGGUGCCAUCUGAGAUCAACGCUGCCACGCCCCCGGGUUGCGAGGUCACGUUCGCACAGGUGCUGUCACGGCACGGUGCUCGUGACCCUACCGCCGGCAAGACGGCGACCUAUAAGGCGCUUGUCGACCGCAUCCACACCACCGUCACCAACUAUGGCAGAGGCUUCGAGUUCAUCAAGACGUACGAGUACACGCUCGGCGCUGACCAGCUCACCCCCUUUGGCCAGCGGGAGCUUGUCGACUCGGGCGAGGCAUUCUAUAGGCGUUACCAGGCUCUCGCAGCCAAUAACGACCCCUUUAUCAGAUCCUCUGGCCAGACCCGCGUGGUCGAGUCUGGUCUGAACUGGACUCAGGGGUUUUACGGUUCCAAAAUUGCCGAUGGCCAUACCGGACCCGACGGCGGCAUCAUCGGGCUCGUCACUAUUAUCCCCGAGGAGAAGGGCGUCAACAAUACGCUGGAUCACGGGCUCUGCACGGCGUUCGAGGAUGGCGCGUUCUCCAAGGUUGGCGACGAGGCGCAGGUCCCCUGGCGCGACACAUUUACACCGCCAAUCACGGCGCGCCUCAACGAGAAUCUCCCGGGCGCGGGCCUGACGGCCGAGGACACCAUCAGCUUCAUGCAGUUGUGCCCGUUCAACACGGUGGUCGACGGCAAGCAGUCGCAGUUCUGCGACCUCUUCACGCUAGACGAGUGGAAGAGCCUCGAGUACCACGAGACGCUGGGCAAGUACUAUGGGUUCAACGCAGGCAACCCGCUCGGGCCAACGCAGGGCGUGGGCUUCACCAACGAGCUCAUCGCGCGGCUGACGCAGCAGCCGGUCGUGGACCGCACGUCUACCAACUCAACGCUUGACGCGGACGCGGCGACGUUCCCACUCGACAAGAAGCUGUACGCCGACUUCAGCCACGACAACGACAUGAUGUCCAUCUACGGCGCGCUGGGACUGUAUAACGAGACGCAGCCGCUGUCCAAGACGAACCGGACGUCGGUGGCGGAGACCAAGGGGUUCACGGCCAGCUGGACGGUGCCGUUCGCGGCGCGCAUGUACGUGGAGAAGAUGAAGUGUGGCGGUGCAGAUGAGGAGAUGGUACGGGUGCUUGUCAACGACCGGGUUGUGCCGCUGGUCGGGUGCGGUGCGGACGAGCUUGGGCGGUGCAAGUUGGGACGGUUCGUGGAGAGCCUGGGUUUCGCGAGGAGCGGAGGUCUCUGGGACCAGUGUUUUGUGUAA